UUUUUUUUUUUCUCGUCUUUUUACUCAAUAACGUCAAAAUAUCCAAAGAGAAAAUAUGGCAGACAACUCUACGCCAACUAUCAGCGCCGGCAAGCUUCACAGCAAAGUGACAAUCGUCACCGGCGGUGCCAGCGGCAUCGGCGAGGCCACCGCACGACGCUUUGCUAACCAUGGCGCACGCGCCGUCGUGAUUGCCGACGUCCAGGACGAGAAAGGCCGAGAAGUCGCUGCGUCGAUCGGCCUCCACCGCUGCGCCUACGUCCACUGCGACGUCUCCGAUGAGGCCCAGGUCAAGUCCCUGGUCGACCACACCGUACGCACGUACGGACGCCUCGACGUCAUGUUCAGCAACGCCGGCACGGCGAGCGAGUCGGAGCAGACCGUUCUGGACCUCGACAUCUCGGCUCUCGAUCGGCUCUUCGCCGUGAGCACGCGUGGUAUGGCGGCGUGUGUGAAGCACGCAGCGAGGGCGAUGGUGGAGGGCGGGAUUAGGGGGAGCGUGGUGUGCACCGCGAGCACGUUUGGGAGGUUGGGGUCGGAUAAGCUGACGGACUACACGAUGUCGAAGCACGCGGUGGUGGGGCUGGUGAGGUCGGCGAGCUUGCAGCUCGGGAAGUACGGGAUAAGGGUGAACGCUGUGUCGCCGGGGCCGAUAAUGACGCCGAUGUUGCGGAAGGUUUUCGGUGAGGGGCCGGGGGUGGAGAAGCUGGUGGACGCGAUGGUGUCGCUCAAGGGAGGCGGGCGGCUUGCGGCGGAGAGCGUGGCGGACGCUGUUGUGUUUUUAGGUUCUGAUGAGUCGGAGUUUGUGACUGGACAUGACUUGGCCGUGGACGGUGGUUUUAUUCAGCAGCAGCUGGAGGUAUAGAUCAAGUUAUUUGUGAUUUGUAUUUUUCUUUCUUUUUUAUUUUACUUUUUUACAGUGGGGAUUAGAAUCCUACACAAAAUAAAAUGUAAAUUUACUGUACGACUAUGCCGUGCAAAUGCAAUCAAUCGGGUAAUCUGUCUUUCAUUUUUUGUUUUUGUUUUUUGUUUUGUUUUUGCUGAAAGCUGUCUAUUGGCAAUAUUAUAAUGGCUUUCUCUAUA